CUCCCGGGCCAGGGCUCAAACCCGUGUCUCCUGCGCCGGCAGGUGGAUUCUUAACCACUGCGCCACCAGGGAAGCCCCAAGCUCCUCACUUUAAAGAUGAAGUAAAUGAGCCCCAGGAAUUGUGAGCGGUGUGCCCCAGGUUACGCUGCUGGUUGAUGACAGAGAUGGAUCCCGGGGCUCUUAACUCUCACUUCUGUAGUCUCUCUCGUUGCAUCUUUACCUGAAUCAGUUUGAAAAUAAAGAAUUCUAAACUCAGAAAACCAACUAGUACCACUUAACCCGCUUUUUUGCAUUAAUAACUGUUUUGGCUCAGGAAUCAUAAAGCGAGGCCAUUACAUCACUGCUGCCUCAAAAUGCAGUAACCAUGGUUCACUUGGACUGUGUGUCUGAAGGUAAUGGAACACGGCACAACGCUCCUCAUGGUCGCCUCCUAUGCUGGCCACGUAGGCUGUGUAAGGGAGCUCAUCCUGCAGGGAGCUGACAUCAAUCUCCAGAGAGAGUCAGGUACAACUGCCCUGUUCUUUGCUGCUCAACAAGGACAUAAUGAUGUUGUGAGAUUUCUCUUUGAAUUUGGAGCAUCCACUGAAUUUAGGACCAAAGACGGGGGCACUGCCCUGCUGGCCGCCAGUCAGUAUGGGCACAUGAAGGUGGUGGAGACCUUGCUGAAGCACGGAGCCAACAUCCACGACCAACUUUAUGAUGGAGCCACCGCACUCUUCCUAGCUGCCCAAGGUGGUUAUUUGGAUGUGAUUCGAUUACUGUUGUCCUCAGGAGCAAAAGUCAACCAGCCCAGGCAGGACGGCACGGCGCCGCUGUGGAUCGCGUCGCAGAUGGGCCACAGCGAGGUGGUACGGGUCAUGCUGCUGCGCGGAGCCGACCGCGACGCCGCCCGCCACGAUGGUACAACAGCAUUACUGAAAGCAGCCAACAAAGGGUAUAAUGAUGUUAUAAAAGAGUUGCUGAAAUUCUCACCCACCCUCGGUAUUUUGAAGAACGGGACCUCGGCACUCCACGUGGCCGUGCUCAGCGGAAAUAUUAAGGCAGUCGCGCUGCUCCUGGAAGCAGGGGCAGACCCAGCCCUGAGAAACAAGGCCAAUGAACUUCCGGCAGAACUAACCAAAAAUGAACGUAUAUUGCAUCUCCUCCGAAGUAAAGAAGGACACAGGAAGAGCUAACUUAGCUUCAUAUUCGACUGAAAGAUAGAAACCUUAAUCAUAUUGUCCAAAAAGAAAUUGCUUUUCAAAUAGUGUUGGAAAUUCCUAGAAGAAUGAAAACGCCCAGAAUGCCCAUGCUGGGUCCCUGACCAAGAAGAGCUGUGCUUUGUGCCCUGAGUCAAGAGCAGAGCAGCUCAGGGACCCCUUCCUCUCAUGUAGUGGGCUUCUCACACUGGCCUGUAGCCCCACUCCAGGGGGCCUGGCACGUUCGUGGAUUCCACAGAAACUCGUUUUAAACUACAUCAACUUGGGUCUUUCAGUUAAACUCUAAGACAGAGUUAAACCCUCUGUCUUAAAAAUAGAAACAGAAAGCUUUGUUCCUUUAAAAAGACUGAAA